GCUCCCGACUCCCAUCUGCUCCCGAGAUGGGUCUUUCUCGCCCAGCGCGCAUCAUCCUCCUUCUCACUAUUGACGUCGUCUUCUUUUUCGUCGAGCUCAUCGUCGGAUAUGCGGUUGGCUCGUUGGCGCUCGUCGCAGAUUCCUUUCAUAUGCUCAACGAUGUGCUCUCCCUCGUCGUCGCCCUCUAUGCGAUCAAGCUUUCCUCCGCCAAAGAGAGCGACUCGCGAUAUUCAUACGGGUGGCAUCGUGCUGAAAUUCUGGCGGCGUUGAUCAACGGCGUCUUCCUUCUCGCUCUUUGCUUGUCCAUCUUUCUCGAAGCCAUCGAGCGGUUCUUCAGCACCCCAGAAAUCUCGAACGCGAAGCUUGUGGUCAUCGUCGGCUCACUCGGCCUCGCGUCGAACAUCGUUGGCUUGUUCCUGUUCCAUGAGCAUGGCCACAGUCACUCUCAUGCCCACUCGCACGAUAGCGCUAAUCCUAGCGUACCUGGGUCGAGCACGCCGAGCGUGAACACUAUCAACGACUCCGGGAAUAUCACGCCGACGCCCAAGAAACCGACUGAAAACCGCCGUUCGCGUUCACGGACGCGUAACUCGGAGGGAAUGCGCUCGAGGACCACAUCAAUCAGCUCGAUGUACGGCCAUCCGGCCGCUACUCGCGCGACUCUCAUUCAGACGGCCCAAGAUCUCGCUACCGCAGCCCGCUCACCCUCUCCUUCUGGCCGACGGCGGUCACGGUCAAGGCCUGUCAUCCACGAUCAUCAUCACGAUAGUCAUGAGUCUGAGAACGAGUCGGGCGGGGAGACUGUCGCAGACCCUACUGAGAGAUCGCCUCUUCUCGGCCGGGCUACCGAGGACGACAGCGACUCUGCGCAGGGUCAUGUGCACAGUCACGGACAUGCGCACGGCUCGAUGAACAUGCACGCUCUGCUUUUGCAUGUCCUCGGUGACGCGCUUGGCAACGUUGGCGUCAUUGCGACUGGUCUGAUUAUCUGGUUGACCGAGUGGCACUUCAAGUACUACUUUGAUCCCAUAAUCAGUCUGGUCAUCACGGUCAUCAUCUUCUCGUCCGCUUUGCCCUUGGUCCGCAGCACGUCCUUCAUUCUCCUACAGGGUGUACCGGCGACGGUGUCCCUGGAGGAGGUACGCGCUGCGAUUCUUGAUGUUGACGGCGUACUCUCCUUGCACGAACUUCACGUCUGGCAGCUGUCGGAGACCAAGCUGGUGGCAUCCGUCCACGUCACGGCCUCCCGUAACCGUGACUUCAUGCCCAUCGCGGCGCAGAUUCGGGCGGCCUUACACGAGCGGGGCAUUCACUCGAGCACCAUCCAGCCCGAGUACUACAACCCCAGGACGGCACCGCCCGAGGAUUACCUGAAGACCCAUGAAGAGACUUCGUGUCUCAUUAUGUGCCCCCAGGACCAGGGUUGUGAUCCUCACGAAAAUGCUUGCUGCCCGCCGCCCACCUCCUCGGCGUAGGCCAACGCUCGCGCACCGUUAUGACUUUUUGCUUGAAUAUAAUCAGUCCAUCGAAGGUUCUCUACAUUAUUGUGGUAAGAAAUCUUGUUUAAUUUGCUGCAUCGUGCACAGUAGCUGUACCCUACCCGUACCUCCAUCACCCCAUGUAUAUAGCUAGGCAUUCAUUCAUACCUCAGUCACCGACCAUCAUCGGGAAAUUUGUUCUGAAGGCCUGCGAGGCGCACAAGCGCUUCAGCACCGCGGCGCGGGACGCGCUGUUCUUGUGCCUGCGCAAUUCGGCCGCGAGGCUGCGCGCCAUCGCCGAGCUCGACUGCCCGAGGACGAUGGGGUGCGCGCCCUUUGAGACGGUCUGAAACGCCCACUCGACGUGCAUGGCCGCGGUGAGCGCGGAGGACAGAAUGACGGAGAGCAGCUCGACGAGGAUGAUAUGCU